AUGGAAGGUUGGAAGAAGGAAGAAGGUUGGAAGAAGGAAAAAGACAACCUCCUGCUUUAUAAAUUGCAAUAUGUCUGUUUAGAUUUUGAUAAUUGUGUUUCUUCUGUUGGCAGUAUCACUAAAGCCCUUGAAAGGUAUGAACGCUGUUGCCUUAAUCCUCAAGAUAACUAUGGUGAAAAAGAAACACAGAGCUGGUACCAGGAGGUGUCAAAAUUAAAGGCCAAGUUUGAAGCCCUUCAAAGAACUCAAAGGCACUUGCUUGGUGAAGAUCUUGGGCCACUGAGUGUGAAGGAGUUUCAAAAUCUUGAAAAACAACUUGAAGGUGCACUUGCACAAGCUAGGCAAAGAAAGACACAAGUAAUGAUGGAACAGAUGGAGGAGCUCCGUAGAAAGGAGCGCCAUCUUGGUGAUGUGAACAAGCAACUGAAGAUUAAGGUUUCUCAAGAACUAUCAUCGCAAUUUGAGGGUGAAGGACAAGGACUGAGAGCUCUUCCAUUUCCAUGGGGUUGUAAUGCAUCAGCAGAAGCAGGAAGCAGCACCUUUCAUGUCCACCAUUCUCAAUCAAAUCACAUGGACUGUGAUCAACCUGAUCCAGUACUUCAAAUAGAGUAUCAUCACUAUAUGGCUGAAGAUGGAGCCUCAGGGUCAAGGAGCAUGGCUGUUGAGAGCAACAUCAUCCAUGGCUGGGGCCUUUGAUUUCUAAUUAAUUCUAUUUAAUUCUCGAUAUAGGACAAGGUUUUGUUUAAGUUUUUCGAGACUAAAAACUCAGUGACAUCUUUAUGAUUUGAAGUGUUUGUUAUAUAAUGUAUAAUUUUGAGUAA